AGCUAGGCGGCAUGCGGGUACCCAGACGCUGCUGCCACUCUGCCCCUCCUCCGCCCCUCAUGGAUGGGUCCAUGGAUUCCUCUGCUACCAAGCAGCACGGUAACUCAAUGCCGACGACGCCAAAUCCAUCGCUGAGCGCAAUUCGAACUUCCUGCUGCUGCAGCUCUGCUACAGCCUUUCAAGCUCGAGUGCCCGGCAUCGCCAUUAUCAACCCGCGCUGCGCUACACGACAGGCUUGCCUGCAGUCCAUUGAAUUCGCCAAUACUCUCCACGUCGUCUCGCCAGACCGCCGUCACCGCUCGCGAACCGCAUCAACCGGCAUCCUGUCGCGCCUCUUGUGGCACGACCAGUUCCCCCAUCUCUGUCCCCGUCGGUCUGGCAACGACCAUGGACAAGAUACCUCUAAACUACGAGGCGUCCGAGGGCGACACUCACAAGCAGCUGACGAGCGAGCUGCCCGUGGACGUGGUCCAGUGCCUUGAGAAUGCUCGAUUCCUUCACCUCGCGACCGCUACCGACAACGUCCCGCACGUGUCCCUCAUGAACUACACCUACCUCCCGACGUCGCCAUACUCGUCCCGUCCCGUCAUCGUUAUGACCACGAACCCCGCCUCGCGCAAGACGACUAACAUUGUCGCCAACCCCAACGUCUCUCUUCUCGUCCAUGACUGGGUCUCGCACCGCCCGCCAACGCACGGCCGCCGCCCCUCUGGCGGCUCCCCUGGGCCGGAGCACCGCUCAAGCCUCGCCUCGUUGCUGCUCAACCUCAACACGUCGGCCAUGUCGAGCAUCAGCGCCACGAUAGGCGGCGCCGCGCGCCUGGCGCCGACCGGGUCCGAGGAGGAAAAGUACUUUACGGAGCGCCACCUCGAGAACAACACGUUCGAGGAGGGCGCCGGCGAAGCGCUGUUCCGGCAACAGAGCGGCUCCGGUGCGGGUGCCGCGGAGGGAAGCCACUUCGUCGCCGGGGAGGAAGUGCGCGUCAUCAUCGUGGACAUCAAGGACGUGAGGGUAAGUGACUGGAAGGGAACGGUGCGCGACUGGGCGUUUGUGUCGGAGGAGGGUUUGGUCAACGGGGCGUAGGGUUGUAUGCAUAUAUGGCGCUAUAUCGGACCGAUUGCUCGUGGACCAAUAUUUCUCGAGCUGGAAAAAGCAUUCAAAGUACAAAUGCGAUGGCUUUAUUUGCAGGAUUGCAAACUAUCUUUGUCUCCACCC